AAAGAGCUUAUGAAUAUGAUAAUAGACCAUGAGUACUUAAAAUCAAGUCUUCAAAAUUUGUCCCUCUCCUUUCUCUGACAGGGGCGAAGUCAAUUGGUCACAUCUGAAGCUAUUGAACGCAAAUAUGUCGGAGAAACUGCCAUUCAAAGUCGCUGACAUCAGUCUGGCCGACUGGGGACGCAAGGCCAUCACCAUCGCCGAGAACGAGAUGCCCGGCCUCAUGAAGAUGAGGGAGCUUAACGGGCCGACGAAGCCGUUGAAGGGAGCCCGCAUCGCCGGCUGCCUCCAUAUGACACUGCAGACGGCUGUCCUGAUUGAGACCCUCCAGGCCCUGGGAGCAGAGGUCCAAUGGUCCAGCUGUAACAUCUUCUCCACCCAGGAUCAUGCUGCAGCUGCCAUUGCGAAGGCUGGCAUUCCAGUGUACGCAUGGAAAGGGGAAACGGACGAGGAGUACAUCUGGUGCAUAGAACAGACCCUCUACUUCAAGGAUGGCCAGCCCCUCAACAUGAUCCUGGAUGAUGGUGGGGAUCUCACCAAUCUGGUGCACCAGAAGUACCCCAAACUGCUGGCAGGGAUCAAGGGGAUUUCUGAAGAGACCACGACUGGAGUGCACAAUUUGUACAAGAUGCUGAAGAGCGGAGAGCUUAAGGUGCCUGCUAUCAAUGUCAACGACUCUGUCACCAAGAGCAAGUUUGACAACCUGUACGGUUGCAGAGAAUCUCUCAUCGACGGCAUCAAGCGGGCCACAGAUGUGAUGAUCGCCGGCAAGGUGGCCGUCGUGGCCGGCUACGGGGAUGUGGGCAAGGGCUGCGUCCAGGCUUUGCGCGGGUUCGGUGCACGUGUCAUAGUGACGGAGAUCGACCCUAUAAAUGCGCUGCAGGCUGCCAUGGAAGGGUAUGAGGUCACUACCAUGGACGAGGCCUGCAAGGAGGGAAACAUCUUUGUUACCACCACAGGCUGUGAAGACAUCAUCAUGGGCAGACAUUUUGAAAACAUGAAAGAUGACGCCAUUGUUUGCAACAUUGGCCACUUCGACUGUGAGAUUGAUGUGAAAUGGCUCAAUGACAAUGCUGCAGAAAAGGUCAACAUUAAACCUCAGGUGGACCGCUACCGUUUGAAGAAUGGGCGUCACAUCAUCGUGCUGGCUGAGGGUAGGCUGGUCAACCUGGGAUGUGCCAUGGGCCACCCCAGCUUUGUCAUGAGCAACUCGUUCACCAACCAGGUGCUCGCUCAGAUAGAGCUGUGGACCAACACCAGCAAGUACCCCCUGGGAGUAUACUUCCUUCCUAAAAAGCUGGAUGAGGAAGUAGCUGCUGCCCAUCUGGACAAGCUGGGAGUGAAGCUGACGAAGCUGACCGACAAGCAGGCCAAAUACCUGGGAUUGCCACGAGAGGGCCCCUUCAAGCCUGACCACUACCGCUACUGAGGGAUCUCUGAGGGACUAAACCAACCAGUUAACUAGGGUGGAGAUUCCAGGAGAGUGGGGUGGGGUUGACAUAUUCUCCUGUGCGUUGAGAUAGUGAAAAAUCAUUGCAUCUUCCCAGAUCCAGCGUAUUUUAUUGUACUAUUGGAACUAUAUUUUGUUAUUUUGCAUAUCCUUGAAUCGCAAAUAAAUGUGGUUGACUGAUUGGUAAGGAGGAAGCCAGCUUUUACAGCCCCUAAUUUCAACACAUUCUAAAUUCAUAUGUUUUUGAGGGGGGUGGAAUUAUGCCCUUAUUGAUUUUGCUUUUAGACUCAGUCCCCAGCCUUGUCUUUUAGGAGUAAAUUCUGUGAACUCUGUGCUAUUAAAUACUGUAGAUGGUCUCGGUGAGAGGACUUGUUCAAUUAAGCAGAUUUUCUUCAUUGCAAUUACAAAGCUUUGAACCAAUGAAAGAUUUUUAAUAACCUUGUGUAUCAGUUCAUUCAGGUACAAGGGAGAUUCAUGUUCAAGAAUUGCUGCAUUUGCUUCUCUUUACAUGAGCUCCUUGUUUCCCAAUUUGUGUUGUACUUAGCUGUGCUAAGACAAAGGCACAGAUGAACUUGCUCCUAGUUCCUGAUGGUGUUGUCCUUUUCCACGCACCUGGCAAAUUGUUAGUCAGAACUGAAUGAUACUUAAAAAAAAAAAAAAAAGUUUUCCUUUAACACUGAUUUACAGUAAUUACUGUGAGUGAGACAACGAAGAAAUAAUAUUGGCUGUUGUGUUCCUGGGUCCACUUGAAAUGCACAUUGUGUCUGUUGUAUUACCAGUCUAUACUUGGUGCUGCUUCUUUUCAUUUGGUUUUUAAUAUGGCUUUUAAUAUCUUUUCUUAUGCAAAGAUGAGUUUUACAUCAGUGGUUUGGUAAGUGGUCAUUGAAGCAAAUUUUAAAUUUUUCCAUUCAGAUGAAUUCACUGCUGUACAUAAAACAUCUUCCUCAAGUGCUUGGCCAAAGAGAAAUAUACAUAGUAAAUGUAUCCCUUCUUCAGUUUCUUAAAUUAUUAUAUCUUGAAUACACCAAAUGUCUGCUUUUGGUCCUACGAUUAUGCCAAGAUAUUUAAGAUGAAUUGCCAGUGCUAAACUAAAUUACAGCUAAAAGUUAAUGCAAAAUUAUUGAUGGUUUACAGUCACAAUAAGGUUCAUGUUUGAAACCAAACUACUUUCUGACAUGAGUUAGAACCUAAGAGCCAGAGUGGGGUUGGGUGGGGGGUGGCUGAGUCAUGAUAACUCCUGGCACAAAUGAAUUUACAUUUCUAAACGUUACAAAGUGUGCCAUAUGAGCAAUUUUUAAUUGCUCUGCUUUGAUUAAACCUUUACGUAUUUGGCAGGUAUCUAAACACAAAGUUAGACUUUUGUGGUUUUUUUCCAGCAUACUUCUGGAAAAUGAUUUAGAGUUUACAGUGUACUGGGUUGAUACCAGCGUAAGAACUGAUUCCUCUGACCUUUGGGGGUGGGGUGAGGUAUAAUUUUAGAGCAAUGGUCACAUCCUUUCUUAUAUGUGGCUGUAAACAAUAUGCAGCAGUGACUCUUGUGCAUGUUGGCAACUAUAUUCAAAUAAAAAUUGGAACAAUGUGGCAGACAUGGAUUAA